AUGGUUGACUGUCUCUCGUGUCAGAGUUGUUGUGGAAGUUUACGUUCAUCUAAACUUUAUCCAAAGGAAAAACGGCCUUUAUCAAGAAAACGUGCUGCUCAAAAACUUUAUCUACAAAAACAAAUUCAGAACAGUAAUGUUGAAAGAAGUACAUUUUCAUGUGACAGUCUAAGUUGUGUAAGUAGUAAUGUACAGUCUAAAACGAAACGUCGUGAUGCUAAUAAUAAUAAAAAUACAAAUAAUAAUAAUAAUGUUUCGACAUCAAUGGCAGACGAACAGAAUCAUGUGCUUGAAUUUUAUUCAUUCGAUAUUAGUCAUGAACGCCAUCUUAAUUUAAAAAUUGAUUCGAAUGGUAAACGUUUAAUUAUUUUUUACAAUAUUUCCAAUGGUUUAUUUACAAUCGGAAUUAGAAAUGGUAAGUGA